AGGGUUCUUCCCAACCCAAGCCGUUCCGGGAUUGCCGGUUUCUGUGGCACUGGCAGCUGCUGUGGGAGGGGCCAGCAGGGCCAGCAGGGAUGGAGGUGGCAUUGUCCCAGCAGGUCACACCCCACCUUUGGGCCGCACAGGUGCAAGGGAGGUGCCAUCAGCUUCCCACCUCUGCUCGUGUAGACUUUUAGGAGAUGAGUCACGACCUGCUGUGCUGCAGGUGGCCGAGGCUGAGCUGGGAUCCCAGCCCGGCGUUCUGGAGCCGAGCCUUGCCCAGCCCGGGCUCCCCGGGGGAGCAGGGAGCGGAUUUUGGGCUCCUCACGUGUCCCGCAGCACGCGGGGCAGCCUCGUGCCAGCAUCCCGGGAGGGGCUGGCAGCCGGGGAAGCGUUUCGCGGCGAAGAUGGCCCUUUCACCUGGGGAAUUCGGGAAUGCUGGCCCCCGGCGUGAGCCGUGCUCCCGGCACAGGCGCCAAGGGCGUCCCGAGCGGCGGGAGGGCUGCGCAUCCCGGGAUCCCGUGCUCGGAGGGAUGCUCUCUGCAUUCCGUGUAAAGGGCAGCUCCAGCUCCCUCCUAAAGGGAUUGCUCGCAACAAAAACUGCAGAACUGAUUAAACAUUGAAAUUUGGAUUGCGAUUCACACGGAAUGGUCGGGCUUGGGAAUGACCUUAAAGCUCUUCUCGUUCCGCCCUCUGCCUUGGGCAGGGACGUUACAGAAUUUACAUUACAUUUUAAGAAUGAGCGUACGAAUUUAUGAAUUGCAGUUACAGAUUUAAGGUGAUUAUUUCUUUUAUGUCUUAUCUGAAGGGUAUUUCAGUCUGUAGAGGAUAAUUUUGCUGCUUGUUGCGUUUUGCCCUUUACCACAGGCACACUGAAAAUGUGACAAACGCUUUUAAACAUCCAGCUGGGAAUAUUGUGAAAGUCCCUGUAAGGAAUAGGAUUGAAGCAAGGCAGGAGCGGAGAGGAGGAGGCUGCUGCCUGCUUUUCCCCCUUAUUUAAAUAUUCCCGGAGCUUCCUCCAUUUUAAUUUCCCCAUAAAACAUGGCUGUGUUAGCGGAGCUGACAACACCAGCAUCAUCAUUCCCCCGGCUGGGCUCGGCUCCCGCGGAGCGGGGACCCCCUUCAGGAGCCGAGCGAGCAGCACCAUCCCAAAUUCCCGAAUUCCCCGGCGCUUCCAGGCACGCAGCUGGCUCCGUGCGGAUCCAUUCCCGUCCCUUUGUGCCUUCCCGGAUCUCACCCCUCGCUCCCGCACCCACCCACGGGCAGGAUGCGCUGCCAGCCUUGCCUUAGGCUGGGAUUAGCGGCUGCCGGGCUUUGCGGGGUCUCCGCCGCGGACGAACGCUGAUUUUUGGGGAUCGGGAAAGGCUCCUCCGCCGUCGGAGCGGCGAUUUCUCCCGGAGGAUUUGUGCUGGCUUGCCAGGAGCUUUCCAAAAUGCCUGAAGCCAACUAUUUGUUAUCGGUGUCUUGGGGUUACAUUAAGUUCAAGAGGAUGCUGAACCGGGAGCUCACCCACCUGUCCGAGAUGAGCCGCUCCGGCAACCAAGUGUCCGAGUACAUUUCCAACACUUUCCUGGACAAGCAGAACGAUGUGGAGAUUCCUUCCCCCACCCAGAAGGACAGGGAGAAGAAGAAAAAACAGCAGCUCAUGACCCAGAUCAGUGGGGUGAAGAAAUUAAUGCACAGCUCCAGCUUGAACAACACCAGCAUCUCACGGUUUGGGGUGAAGACAGAAAAGGAAGAUCACCUGGCCAAGGAACUGGAAGACCUCAACAAGUGGGGCCUCAACAUCUUCAACGUGGCCAGGUACUCUCACAACCGGCCGCUGACCUGCAUCAUGUACGCCAUAUUCCAGGAGCGGGAUCUGCUGAAAACCUUCAAGAUCUCGUCGGACACGUUCGUGACGUACAUGAUGACCCUGGAGGAUCACUACCACUCCGACGUGGCUUACCACAACAGCCUGCACGCUGCUGACGUGGCCCAGUCCACCCAUGUGCUGCUCUCCACCCCUGCCCUGGAUGCUGUCUUCACGGAUCUGGAAAUCCUCGCCGCCAUUUUCGCAGCUGCAAUCCAUGAUGUGGAUCACCCCGGGGUCUCCAAUCAAUUCCUGAUCAACACAAAUUCUGAGCUGGCCCUGAUGUACAACGACGAGUCCGUGCUGGAGAACCACCACCUGGCCGUGGGCUUCAAGCUGCUGCAGGAGGAGCACUGUGACAUCUUCCAGAACCUGACCAAGAAGCAGCGCCAGACCCUCAGGAAGAUGGUGAUUGACAUGGUGUUGGCCACUGAUAUGUCCAAGCACAUGAGUCUGUUGGCUGAUCUGAAGACUAUGGUGGAAACUAAGAAGGUGACCAGCUCAGGAGUUCUCCUGCUGGACAAUUACACAGACAGAAUACAGGUUCUCAGGAACAUGGUGCACUGUGCAGACCUGAGCAACCCCACCAAGUCCCUGGAGCUGUACCGGCAGUGGACGGACAGGAUCAUGGAGGAGUUCUUCCAGCAGGGGGACAAGGAGAGGGAGAGAGGGAUGGAAAUCAGCCCCAUGUGUGACAAACACACGGCCUCCGUGGAAAAAUCCCAGGUGGGAUUCAUUGACUACAUCGUGCACCCGCUCUGGGAGACCUGGGCUGACCUGGUGCAGCCCGACGCCCAGGACAUCCUGGACACUCUGGAGGACAACAGGAACUGGUACCAGAGCAUGAUACCUCAGAGCCCAUCCCCUCCCCUGGAGGAGCGGGGCCAGGACUGCCAGGGCCUGAUGGAGAAGUUCCAGUUCGAGCUGACGCUGGAGGAGGAGGAUUCGGACGGGCCCGACAAGGAGGGCGAGAGCCUGGGCUACUUCAGCACCACAGAGACGCUGUGCACGGCCCAGGCGGGGCAGGAGGAGCCCCAGAGGGAGGCCACCAUCGAGAUUGUGACAGAAGACACAUCUCCUGUGGACACAUAAUGGCCCGGCCCCGCGGGAGUGGCUUCGAAGCACUUGCGGGGCGCGAGCAGCCCCUGCGGCGGGGCUGGGCUCUGCCCGGGCUCCCCGAGCCCCCAGCUGCCCCAGGCUGCAGCCAGGGCACGGGCAGGGCAGGGGAUGAUUGCUCAGGAAACGCAAUGCACGGCUGGUCGCUUGUGGCCUGAGCCUCGUGGGCCCAGAGCUCCCGGAGCUGCCUGGGCUGGGGCCCGGGGCGGCGCUGACACGCAGCUGAGAGAUUUUGUACUGUUAGUUCUGGAGUUUGUACCGGUUAGACUGAUAGAAACUACUGAUCAAUAACUCAUAUCCAACCUGUCCACCUGUCUGCAGACCUGUGUGCCUUCUUUGUAAACACUUUCAUGUCCUUCCCAGAGUCUCUUGAUCCAACACACGGAGCUUGGUAGUUCAAAAGCGACACGAGGUGUUCGGGAAUCGACGGCUACUUUUUGGAUUCUUCCUGUUACCAGAAGCAGUCUUCCUCUUUUUUUCAUGGGCAAUACCUGUCACUUUAUUGCAGUUAAUCACUUUGACAGACUAAACAGAAGGGGAAACCCUCUGCUUUGCAUUGCUGCACCUUCAGCGUGUUCUUAUUCCCCCCGGUGACCCGGCGGGAGUCGCUCGGUGCCGUGGGGCGCCCUUCCCUCGCUGGGAUUUUUCCUCCCUGGGGUUUGGGUUUGUGGUGAGCAGGACAGAGGGCAGUUCUUUGGGGUUCUUUUUUUUUUCCUCAGUCCAUCCCCGAGUAAGCGUGGCAAGGCAGCGUGUGGCACGCCUUCCCCCUCGGCAGCUCCCUGGAAUUUGCACGCUCGGAUAUUUGUGUUUCUCUGGCCUCUCGUCCACCUUCCCUAGGUUUAGGUCCACCAUCCUCCUCCUCCUGCACUGCCUCGAGCUCUACCACCUCCAUUACUGUUUAUAACAGUGUAUUUAUUACCUACUGUACAUACUGUAAUGUUUUGUAAGUUAUUAAUUUAUAUGAAUUAGCACCGCCUGUCGGCGGCGAUGCUAAUGGGGUAGAAAACUCGGAAUAAGAGUUGCCUUUUUUUUCUUGUAACCUUUUGUAUUGCAUAAAGUCCCAGAACCUGAACAUAGCUGAAGAGACAGACACAACCCAGGAAGGGCAUUCGGGUGGCAGCCGCCCGUGGGGAGGGGACAGCUCAUCCCAGGGCAGCGAAUUUGGGAAUUUGCCAGGAACACAGAGAGGGGGAACCGAACAAAGAGCUCCCCACGCCCGGGCCGGCUUUUCAAUGUCACAAUGUUCCAAUUUCUGAACAACCCAAUGUGAAUUUCUAUAACAAGAAG